AUGGCGGCGGCCCCGCUGUACUGUGUCUGCCGGCAGCCCUACGAUGUUAGCCGGUUUAUGAUCGAGUGCGACAUCUGUAAAGACUGGUUUCACGGCAGCUGUGUGCAGGUGGAGGAGCAUCACGCCGUGGACAUCGACGUCUACCACUGUCCCAACUGCGAUGUCGUACACGGACCCUCCCUGAUGAAACGGCGAAACAACGGCCACAGGCACGACUACACGGAGCCGGACGACGGAGCGAAGCCGGUGCAGGCCGGCACCCCGGUGUUUGUCAAGGAGCUCCAGAACCGGACCUUCGCCAGCGGCGAGGAGAUCAUGAUGCAGAUGAAGGGCGAGCACGUGACGUCCAGGUACCUGGAGAGACACGGCUUCAGCUACCCCAUCGUGGUCACCGAGAUGGAGGGCCUGGGACUCAAACUGCCGGCCCCGACGUUCUCCGUCAAAGACGUGGAGCAGUACGUGGGCGGCAACAAAGUCAUCGACGUGAUCGACGUGGCGCGGCAGGCGGACAGCAAGAUGAAGCUCAGCGAGUUCAUUAAGUAUUACACCAACCCGCAUCGACCGAAGGUCCUCAACCUCAUCAGCCUGGAGUUCUCCGACUCAAAGAUGUCCAAGUUGGUGGAGGUUCCUGACGUGGCUCAGAAGAUGUCCUGGGUGGAGAACUACUGGCCGGACGACUCCUUCUUCCCCAAGCCCUUCGUCCAGAAGUACUGCCUUAUGGGGGUCAAGGACAGCUACACAGACUUCCACAUAGACUUCGGAGGCACUUCGGUCUGGUACCAUGUUCUCUGGGGCGAGAAGAUCUUCUACUUGAUCAAGCCCAGUCCCGGCAACCUUGCACUAUACGAGGCAUGGAGCUCCUCGGCCAAUCAGAGUGAAGUGUUCUUCGGGGACAAAGUGGAUAAGUGCUACAAGUGUGUCGUGCCCCAAGGUACCACCCUGCUCAUCCCGACAGGCUGGAUCCAUGCUGUUCUCACCUCUCAGGAUUGCAUGGCGUUUGGAGGGAACUUCCUUCACAACCUCAAUAUUGACAUGCAGCUCAGGUGUUAUGAAAUGGAGCGUCGCCUGAAAACCCCAGACCUCUUUAAGUUUCCGUACUUCGAGGCCAUCUGUUGGUACGUGGCCCAAAACCUCUUGGAAACGCUCAAAGAGCUACGAGAGGACAGCAGUCCGCCUCCAACAUACCUGGUGGAGGGAGUCAAGGCUUUAAUCGGCGCCCUGAGGACCUGGUUGAAAAGAGAGGUGACUGAGCCCAGCAGCGAGGUCCCAGACCAUAUCAGGCCCAACCAUCUCAUUAAGGAGCUGACCAAGGAGAUCCGCUACCUGGAGGAGGAACCGGUCGGUGGAAGCAAGCCAGUGAAAUCUCAGGGAAUCGGGUGCGCGGUAGCGUCCGGAUCGAGCGCCUGCCCGGCCACCCCCACCACACUGGAGCGGCUGUGCCAGGCCCGGCAGGCGAGGCGGGCGGCCCGGCGGCUGAGGGAGCAGCAGCGGCACGCCCCCAAGAUGCCCUCCAACCUGGACAUCUUGGAGCGGCACACCAGGGAGGUGCUGAGGAGGCUGGAGGUGGGACCGUUUGACGAGGAUGCUGCCUUCUGUGCCAAGGUCCGAGGGAAGCUCAACAAAGUGUCGACUGCAUCGGCGGCGGCGGAGACUUUAGAGGACAACCACCUGCGGCUCAUGCUGGUCAACGGCCGGAUUAUCAGAGAUUUGAGGCGAGCAGCCAGCAGCCCGGUGAAGACGGAGGGUGAAAGGUCAUCUGGUGGCCCGCCAAAGAGUUGUGUGAAGUCUGAGAGGAACCAGGACGGUCAAGAGCAGCACAGCACAGUCGAGAAACCCGCACUCCUCACUGGUCUGGAGAGGGUGAAGACUGAACUCAGGGAAGAAGCCUCGGGACACUCCAGUGUGUCGGACAUGGACUCAGACAGCGACUCUCCCACAGAGCGUAAAGCAUCAUCUUCGUCGUCCUCAUCGUCCUCCACCUCCUCGUCGUCGUCAUCAUCCUCCUCCUCCUCCACCUCUUCCGACGAGGACUCAGGGAGUUCCCACGAGGAAGGGGAGGAUGACGAGGAGAGGAGCUCGUCUCAGCAGAGGGGCUCGGGCCACACCAUCGAGCUGGACCCGUCUGGCCAGAAACUCAGGCACAAACACAAACCUCUCAAACGCGAACGUCCUACCUCACCCAGCACAGAAGAGGCCAUUCAGGGGAUGCUGUCCAUGGCCGGCCUGCUGCGCUCCGCCAAGUCGGAGAAGGCGGCCUCGUCCCAGGAGCCCUGGUGGUCCGGCUCCAGCCAGGGCUCGCCGCUGGAGCAGGCGGCGCACCGGCUGCAGGGCGACAAGAGCCCCAUGGACAGCCAGGGCAACAGCAGCGAGGCCUGGGACAACCGGGGGCCGGCCAGCCCGGAGGCAGACUACCAGUACUGUGACCCCUCCAUGUCGCCGCCGCUGCACCCUUCCAAGAGGCAAGCACCCAACCCCCCACCCAUCAGCAAUCAGGCCACCAAAGGCAAGCGGCCCAAAAAAGGAAUGGCCACCGCCAAGCAGCGACUGGGGAAGAUCCUGAAGCUCAACAGACACAAUCGUGUGUUUGUGUAACAAUUCACAUUUUCAAAGAGGAAAAAAAACGAUGCGUGGGGACAAUUUCUUGAAAGAGAUUUUAAAAAAGAAAGGAAAAGACACGUUGGUGUAUUUGUUCUGUUGAAACGGAGAAUAGGAAACCAAACGCCGCCCCGGAGACGAAUCUCGAAAAAAAAACGCGCUCGCUGUGCAUGCUUAGGAGACAGGGUAUCGGAUUUAAAAUCAGUGCACGACUUCACCACAAAGCACACUAAGAACGAAGCGGAGGCGAGCAUGCUGGGACAUCUUUCUGCUGCAGGGAAACGUGGACCGACGCUCCGGCGGCCAUUUAAAUGGACACGUGAGAUGAUGGUCUACCAAAACAACAACAACAACACUUGCUUUGCCGGGGGAGCGGCUUCCGAUGCCAAGAUCACCUGCAUCCUAUUUGUUAAUAUUACCCCCUCUCUGCUGAAAGCACCCCCUUCCCCCCCCUCUCCCCUCCCCCUCUCCACACAACGGUGCUUAUCGUUUGUGCUCGCCCCCUUAAGCCCUCGCCGCCCUUUAUCUCAAUCACACCAGCAAUAAUUACUUUUUGAGGAGAGAGGAGACGAGUGAGAGGCGGCACUUCGGAGUGUUACCCCCCCCCCCCAGAGUCGUCGGUUUGGAGGGGAGCGAAUCGGAACGGGUUCGUUACGGACUCGCACAAUUUGGUGCAAAAAUAUACUCUCAAAUCUGCACUAUGUUUUGAUAAUUAAGAGGGGAAAGGAAAAGGAAGCUGCUCAAAGUGCCGCCUCUCUGAAUUAGUUUAAAAUAGGAAUUACGAGUCAAGUCGCUCGGCCUAAAAACCCGAAGACAACCAAUGACGUGUGUCGCGUGAUGUCCUGCUUAAUUUAUUCGACUUUUGUUUUUUAAUGUUUUUGUGGAUUCUGAAUGAUGUAUUUAUUAUUUGAAAGAGAUAAUGUUUUUAUUAUAUUUUGACCUUGAAGCCUCGGCUGUUGAGUUUUUGUUCUUUUUUAAAAUAGGGUUAAUUGUUUCUCUUUAAACACAUGCUUUUUGUAAAUGUGGAUGUUUUAGAGUUCAUGUGAUCAUCUGUUGAGUAGCAAUUUAUCUACAAAUCUUUUAUUACCUUUUAUUUUGCCCCCCCCCCCCCGUUGAAUAGUGUUGAUUCUGUGUUCUGGUUUCCUCGCUGUAGCUCCAGGUGUUGAGGGGCCGUGUGCAAAUAGAAACGAGGUUAGGUUGAGAAACGUCAACGUCCAUAUUUACACUAGUGCCAGUUAUCAUUUAGAAAAAACAAGUAUUGUGAGCCGCUGGUCGAUGCAAAGUAGUCGAUGCAUUCAGAAGUGAACGUUGUGGAACUUAAAAAAAAAAUAGGAUGAGUGAGUUUUUUCCUUUUUAUAAAAAGAAAAUCCAGUGCUGAUGCGUGUGCAGUUCUUCACUCAGGGAAUGAUGCCAUGGACGCGUGACCUUCCAUUACCCCACCAGCCACGGGCAAGACUUCAAGAUUACACCGCCUGCUUUUGGACUGUCAUUAUCGUGGUAAUUACAAGCCGUGUUUUAACCAGUCGGUCGUUGUCCAUUUUUACAACUUCUGACAACAUGGAUUCAGUGUUGUCCCCCACACACAGCGGAACACGUUCAGCAGAACUUAAAAAGAAGCAUUGAUCACAUUGCCACUGAUUUCCUCUUCUCACUUUCACCUCUUUAACUUCCUGCAUGUCACGUCAUUGAAAACACGAGCUGGCCCGCAGGCAGGGUUUGUAAUAAGCUGUCGUAUUCAUCGUACACAAUUGGUUCCCCUUUUGGAUUUUAAAUGCAGCUUUCUUGGCAUUUGUUUUUAUGCAUUGGUUCUUUUUCUCCCCAGAUUUAAAUGGUGUAUAAUUUUUAAAACACAAACACUGGCUAACUGUGACACUGUUAAAUGCAUUGCAUUUUGUUUCUGCAUUUCAAAAAUUGCGUGUAAAUAAAAUUUUAAAAUACAA